UAUGAAGAGGACCAUGGAUAACCACUAGACGCAGGUCGGGUGUGCGCGAGGCGGGACCUGAACGGCUUCUGGUUGUGCGCAGAUGAUGACUUGGUCACACCUGGAAACACGGAAACGGUGACAGCUUUUUGGUAGUUUCUGAAAUAUUUGAGACGCAUUAUUUAUUUCCUUGAGUGACUUUUAAAGCAACUGCACGGGAAUAUGCGCUUUUUUGUGGACUCGGUGCGCGUUUAGAACCGGGACCUGUGGCGCCGAAGCAGCAGCGGUGACUCAGUUGGAUGUGAGCUCGUACUCAUACCUUGAGUUUGCUGACGGCGCAACAACUUUCCUCUUCAGAUAAGCGCGGUACGUUUCUGCGGCCGGGUGGUGUAAGUGAAGGUUGAAAAAAAAACCCUCCAACAACAACAACAACAACUACAUCUACAAAAGUCCAACCGUCCACAAAAUGACGGACGGUGCACGAAAGCGCACGUCGGGCUCCGCCGGGGGGGAUGCUGCCGGCGAAAAGGACUCCGGAGGCGGGGUGGCCCUCAAGAAGGAAAUCGGUCUUGUGAGCGCCUGCGGAAUCAUUGUCGGUAACAUUAUCGGCUCGGGUAUCUUCGUCAGCCCGAAGGGAGUGAUGGAGAACGCCAGCUCGGUGGGCGUGGCCCUGAUCGUCUGGAUCGUCACGGGCGUCAUCACGGCCAUCGGGGCGCUGUGCUACGCCGAGCUGGGCGUCACCAUCCCCAAGUCGGGGGGAGACUACUCCUACGUCAAGGACAUCUUCGGGGGGCUGGCCGGGUUCCUGCGGCUGUGGAUCGCCGUUCUGGUGAUCUACCCGACCAACCAGGCCGUGAUCGCGCUGACGUUUUCCAACUACGUCCUGCAGCCCCUGUUCCCCACCUGCUUCCCGCCGGAGAACGGGCUGCGCCUGCUGGCCGCCGUCUGCCUCUUGCUGCUGACGUGGGUGAACUGCUCCAGCGUGAGGUGGGCCACCAGGGUGCAGGACGUGUUCACCGCCGGCAAGCUGCUGGCCCUCGCCCUCAUCAUCGUCAUGGGCCUGGUGCAGAUCUGCAAGGGAGAGUACUACUGGUUGGAGCCAGCCAACGCCUUCGAGCCUUUCCAGGAGUACGACGUGGGUUUGAUAGCGUUAGCCUUCCUACAAGGCUCCUUCGCCUACGGAGGGUGGAACUUCCUCAACUACGUCACAGAGGAGCUGGUGGACCCUUACGUGAACCUUCCACGGGCCAUCUUCAUCUCCGUUCCCCUCGUGACCUUCGUGUACGUCUUUGCCAACAUCGCCUACGUCACGGCCAUGAGUCCCCAGGAGCUGCUCGCCUCCAACGCCGUUGCCGUGACGUUUGGCGAGAAGCUGCUGGGAGUCAUGUCGUGGAUCAUGCCCAUCUCUGUGGCCCUCUCCACCUUCGGGGGAGUCAACGGAUCCCUCUUCACGUCCUCGCGGUUGUUCUUCGCUGGAGCCAGAGAGGGCCACCUGCCCAGCCUGCUGGCCAUGAUCCACGUGAAACGCUGCACCCCCAUCCCGGCUCUGCUCUUCACCUGCCUGUCCACCCUGCUCAUGCUGUGCACCAGUGACAUGUACACCCUCAUCAACUACGUGGGCUUCAUCAACUACCUCUUCUACGGAGUCACUGUCGCCGGGCAGAUCGUCCUGCGUAUCAGACAGCCCGACAUGCACCGUCCGAUCAAGAUCAGCCUCAUCUGGCCGGUGAUUUACCUCCUCUUCUGGGCCUUCCUGCUCAUCUUCUCCCUGUACUCGGAGCCCGUGGUGUGCGGCAUCGGCCUGGCCAUCAUGCUGACCGGCGUCCCCGUCUACUUCCUGGGAGUCUACUGGGACAACAAGCCACAGUGCUUCGACGCGCUCGUUAACAAGAUGACGUACCUGGGCCAGAAGUUCUGCGUGGUGGUCUACCCGGCCAUGGGCAACGGCGGCGAGGGCGGAGAGGAAGGAGAGGAGAUGAAGGAGGCCCGGUCCCCUCUGUCCAAGGAGGACGGAGACAACCACAAGUCGGCCGACUGCUGAAAGUCUCCGGCUGCCGCAAAACAAACAAACACACACACACACACACACACAAACAUGCAAACGCACACAACAGUUUGUAGUGUAUUUACUAGUUUUGUUUGGUUGCGUAUCUAUCAGUAACGGAUGUGCCACGUAUAGAUAUUUAGAGUAAUAUGACCUCAGGCUCUUCUGCUCGGGGUCUUUUCAAAAGUGCAACACAGAGCGCCUUAAUAAACCCGACACAUCGACACACACCUUUGUCCCGCUUCUCUCCCCCCCCCCACACACACACACACACACACACUCCCUGCACACUCCUCGUGCACUACUGUUUUAAUGUUGUUGUUUUUUUAUCAAAAGACUCUUGUUCUCCUGUGAUGGCCGCGCACACACACACACACACACACACACACAGUUUCUUUGUGUUGUAAAAGACGUUGCUUUGUCAUCCACUCAACAAAGCUGCAUUUUGAUUGUCAAAGAAGAAAAAAAAAAUCUGAUCGAGACAUUUCAUGUUGAAGUUCAAGUACUGUGUUGUUUUGAAGGUGACUGACUCUUAAAUGUUUGUCUUUUUUUGUAAUUACAGUAAUUGUUUAUAUAAUUUGAAGUAUUUUACUGUUAUUUUACUUUCAAUAUGUCAAUUUUAUUUCUGUUGAUAUUCUUUUUUUCUACUCAACAUCACACACACACACACACCUAGUCCUAUUUUUUUACUCUUGCUGCGUACACCUGAAAGCUGAUGUGUGAUCCAUGCUUUGCAUCGGUGAAUGUUGCACACUUCUAAUUGAUUGCCUUAAUUUAGAAGACAACCAGUAUUUGGGUGCCCCUGCACCUCCGUUUUGAGAUUCUUCACUUUUUAUGGAAGUAACAAAAACAACAACAACAACAAAGUGGAUUAUUUUACACUACACUGACAAUCAAGUCCAGCAGGUUAAAUAGAAUGAAUAAGCAGGACAUGAGAGUGUUACCGGGCAGAUCCCAACACUGACACGUGUGAAUGCCUGCGUGAUAUUUUUAUUUUUCAUUUUUUAAAGAGGCAUUGAUUGUCUUACAUGUUUUAUGGAAUAAGUAUUUUUGUAGCGUACCAUCUAGGUAGUGUUUAAAUGUUUUUUGUUCUUAAUUUAGGUUGUGAAAAUUAAAGCUUUACAUUAAAGAAAAAGCCUUUUUUAUUCUUAUAAUUGACUAGAAGAGAUUUUAGUACAAUACUAGAACACCCCUGAGUGAACCAUUCUGUGUGUGUCUGGCAGUAGUUACGCAUCUACACCUAUGUUGUUGCGUUUUUUUGUAUAGUAACAACACUCCUGCACACAUAACACACGUAAACUCUUGUGUCUUUGGCCUUUCUGUAAUCUGUUAGUGUCUCAGGGCAUCCCCACUUCUCUCUGUUUACACACAGCACACUGCCUAGAACCUCCAGAUCACCAAAACUCAACAGAUCUGAAAAAACGUCUGUACUGGUGCUUCUAGAUAUUUAUUUCCCGGGGAGUCCCAGAAAGAGACGACGACAAGUGAACCUUUUAAAACUAUCAAGUAUUGUCAAAGUUGGGCCAGUAAUGUGUUGAACUGUAAAGGGGAACAGGGUGUCUUGGAUGUCUUUACAAGUACAAUUGAUUGUGUUUUGUGGCUGUACGUAUAUUGUGUAUUGAUGCAGAUGUCUGUAUAUUGUCUCUUCGUAAAUAAAAACCACUAAGGUUUGAAUUUU